UAGAUUAGCAAAGAUAAAAACAGUAUUAUUUGUGUUGAUCUGAAAAGUUCUUUUUACCGCACCACAGAUAUGGAGCAUGUUAUUACAAAAAUAAUAAUUCGCCCACUGAACUACUAAAGUCAACGAACGCCGCAGCAUUUUCGCUGUCCUCACUGGUUUGCCGUGCGAAAGCGUACCUCUCAAAGACAGACUGCUUUCGUUUUCUCACACACAGUACACACACAGCUACUCACACCACUCUGCCUACCAGCAUCUCUGCCCUGACUCUGGCCACUGUGCAAACAAGCCCCAGCUUUGUCGUUGAUUUCCUAUGCGAAAACUUUAUACCGUACCUGCAAUCUGUUUCUCUACGCAUGGCCCUGUUAGUGUUAUUGAAUGAAAAUUGAAUUAUCAGUUUUCUCUUGCCUCUGUUUUUAUUCCCAGCAAAAAUGUGAUGCUCCACAUCAGCAAUACUUCCUUGCCUUAUCAUAUCUUCCAAAUCAUUUUUUUUAUUUUUCCCAUGCAACACUCAUUCCAUUGAUCCUUAUCUUAAUCGACCACUCAUCGGAUUAAUCAUCCCCAUGCAUUGGCUUUCAAGUGGCGUUUGAUCCAUGCGAUUGACGUGAUGUGGCUCUCAAAAUUGAUAACCUCUUGAUAUUCCUGGCCUGACGUUUCUUUUGAGUAUGGAUGCCGUCACGCGACGUCUAGCGUCAAAAAAGGACCAUAAGAACAGUAAAAGUGAUGACCACGGCGAAGCCAAAGCCGACCAGAUCAGUGUGGUGUUCCAGCGUGAUGAGCGCGGCUAUGGUUUAACGGUGGCGGGGGAUAAUCCCGUUUUCGUCCAGGUUGUAACGGAAAAUGGUCCCGCGGGCAGUGCUGGACUGCAGCCGGGCGAUCGGAUCAUCAAAGUCAACAAUGAACUGGUGACGCGCAGUAAUCACACAGAGGUGGUCCGCUUGAUUAAAUCGCAGCAUUUUGUGGCCAUGACGGUGGUGCGGACGCCCCCCAACAAGGAGCAGCACGUCAAUGGCGACACGGGUAAUUCGACCACCGACAGUCCCCAGUCCAAAGAGGGCUCCGUACGCAGUGCCGCACGGAUUCAACACUUGAUGCGGAAACUGGCCGAGGAGAAAAAUGUCCUGUUAAAUCUCCAGGAGGAACUGGCGUCCAGUCCGUCAGAACAGGUGCAGAUGCGCAUCGAGCGGGUGAGUAAGAAUAUCAAGGACUUCCAGAAUAUGUUGAAUGCUGCUGAACACGGCCGGCGGGGUAAGGGACGCGGGGAGAUUGGGGCGCCGCGACGGUCGGACGACGCCCUCCGCCCCCUGGAGCAGCCCCCCACCCCGCCCCCCAUCGAGCGGAUCCCCACCCGGCCGGUGGAGGAUGGCGGAUCACCGCGCAGUAGUUCGGCGUCCAAUCUCAACCGGCGCCGCUCCAACCCCGAAGCCAUGCAUGUGGGCGUGGCGCGGAUGGCCUUGACGGCCAGUCUCCCGGAUCAGACCGUCCUGGGACGCAGUUCCAGCGCGGUGCAUGUCGAUGUGGACAGCAGCGGGGCCGGGGAGGAGCAGCCGCCGGCGUUGCCGGUCAAACGCUCCAAACGCCCGCAUCCUAUGGACAGUGUGGAUCUGGGUACGCCCGCCGGCAGUCCGCCGCCGCCGUAUCCGGAGGUGGUUAAGACCAGUAAUGGGAAAGUGCCGAAAUCGGGAUCGUUCUCCGGCGUGUCAGUCGGCGGCGCUGGUCGAUUUCAACCGGCGCGUCAACUGGACAUCGUGACGAUGGAAGAUCCCAACUUUGCUUCCUUAAACCUUCCACAAGAGCCGUUCUCCAACUACGCCACUGUGCACAAAAGUCUCGCCAAUUUGUCGGCAUUUCUCCAUUACCUAAUCGCCAUUGACCAAGCACCACCGCUAUUAUUCCACUUAACCACCGAUUUAUAUCCUAAAGGCAGCCAGAAGGAGCUGCAACGGUGGGCCUACGAGAUCCACUCGACAUUUAUCGUUCCCCAGGCGCCGCUGGACUUUCUCAGCUUACCCGGCGGUGAUCCUUCCCACAGCCAAAUUGUCACCGCCAUCGACGAAGUUUUGUCACGGCCGGACAAAGAAGACGCCCUGCGUGAUGUCUUCGCCAGCGCCCGCUCCAUCGCUCUGACCAUGAUACAAGAACGGUUGAAUCAAUUCCAACAAGUGCGCAUGCGCGGCCUGUCCGGUAUGUACAACAUCGAUGAGGUCGCCCUGGUUGACACAGACAAAUCGUCUGAGCGGGCUCGUGAGCUAGUGGAUAGUCUCCUGGGACGGGAUCUGGAUCGGAUCACAUUUGAUAGUGCCGAUGAGCCGGAGAAUCGAUCGGAUCGGCAGGCUGCCAUUGGCUGUGCGCUGGCCACUUUUUUGAAGGCGAACGGUGUCAAAGCCAUGGGGCGGGAUGGUGCCUAUUUGGUUGAUAAAUGGCCUCUCUUCCUGCAGAAGGAUAAAUCAAAGUUCAAAUUGAAAGACAAGUCAAAAAAGUCCGUCCCGAGUCAUGGGCAUCAGUUUGCGCCCGUAUCCUUCUCAACCACAUUGUACUAUUGCGUGGUGUGCAAUAAUUGUAUGUGGGGAGUAGCUCCGCAAGGAUAUCAGUGCACGAUCUGCGAUUUUAUUGUCCAUCGGAAUUGCAUGAAAUGUAUUGAGGAGUCGUGUGUGGGAGAGAAGAAAGACGUCAGACGAUCGCUGAUCAGUCUCAGUGGUGUGGAUUCGUUUUUCGGCCGGCGGCGGAGUAACAACAGUCCUACAUCCCUGAACAACAGUGCCAAAAAGUCCCAAGAAGAUAAAGAGGACAUCGACGCGACUGCCGGUGACGCCUCCAUUGAAGCGCCACAGCUUGAACCGAAAAGCUACGUCUCUCAAGUGGUCAAUCGAUUUGAGAGCGGAAAAAUGGACAUUCCCACGAUUCCCUCACCCACCGAUCCCACAGCGGAUAAAUCGCAAAAAUCACAAAAUCUCAGCGUUGUCGGACGGUCGGAGUCGCUGAAAACCCAGAAGAAGCAGCCAGCCAAACCGGGUGUACGGAAGAAAUCCGAUCCGGCGCAUUUCUACCGUGAUGAAGGAGAAGAUUCAGCCAGCACCAGCGGCGUGGGCUCAUUGGGCACUUCGGGAAUUUCCUCCGUAUCGUCGCAGUCAUUACCGAGUAACGGCAGCUCCAACAUUUCCACGGAAGGCAUUUCCGCCUUCGAUGAGGACGGGUCGGAUUUUGAAGCUGACCCUGACCAGAUUCCCAACUGGCAGGUCAAUGUCGACCAAACUAUCCUGGAUCAGAUGGAUAAUCGGGCACGGAAACGUCAAGAUGUCAUCGCCGAAUUGUUCCACACCGAGCAGACUCAUGUGCGCAAUCUGAAAGUGCUGGGGAAAUUCUUCUAUCAGCCGCUGUUGCGUGCACAACUCCUGUCAGCUGACCUCAUCACUCAAGUGUUCGCCAAUCUGGAGGAGAUGGUACAGCUGCACGGUGAGCUGAAUCGGCAUAUGCGAAUCGCCAAGAAAGUGUCACCCAUCGUGGAGAAAGUCGGCGAUAUAUUGUUGUCGCGUUUUGAUGGGGAGAAUGGCGCGGCGUUUAAGCGUGCGGCCGCCGCGUUCUGUCGUGAGCAAGCGGCGGGAUUAGAGGCGCUGAAGCACAGUCAGAAAAAGGAUCCCAAGUUGGCACAGUUUCUGCAGGAAUGCGCGGGCAAUCCCUUGUGUAGACGGCUGCAGCUAAAAGAUAUCAUUCCCACGGGGAUGCAACGGUUAACCAAGUAUCCUUUACUGCUGGAGCAGAUACUGAAAUAUAGUAACAACUCCACGGAAGAAGAGAAAGUGGAGCAUGAAAAGGUUACCCGUGCCCUAGGGGAAUGCAAGGAAAUUUUGGACUUCGUCAAUCAAGCCGUGAAAGAGAGCAACAAUCGUAAUCGCUUGAAGGAGCUACAAGAGAAAAUCGACAUGACAUCAUUCCACAAAGCCCAGAAUAAGCUGGCGCAAGAGCACAAGAAUCUUGAUCUUUCACGGUACCGCAUGCUGAUGGAUGGAGAUUUGACUUGGAAGCUGUCCAAGAAGCCGGUCGAUCUGCAUGUCAUCUUAUUGGACCGGAUGCUCCUCCUCGUCACCAAACAAGACGACAAACUUAUCCUGAAAUUCCAUUCGCCUCUGCUAAACGUCACGGAUAAAAAGACCGGGGAGAGUUUCUCCGGGAAAUAUUGGGCGCCGGUGCUGAGCUUGGAGGGUUUAUUCGUUAAAGACAACGCAACGAAUCCUCUCUCUUUCUAUCUGAUCAGCAAUACGACCGACGGUGCCCAGAUGUACGAAAUGAUCGCCAAUACGGCCAACGAGCAGAAGCAGUGGAUUAAGCACAUCAACGACGCCGUGGCCCGUAUGUCCAAAGUGUACGAGACCAUCCCGGAUGAUUUCCCGGUGACGGCGACGCCGAGUGUCACAGCCGCGCCUGUUGGUGAUGUGGAUGUGCCGGAUCAUGUCCGGGAAGAGGAGUCGGAGGGGGAGUUGGCCACGGAGGGUCUGUUCCAGACGGAGGAAUUGCCGCGCGCUACGCUUCUAACCUCGCCGUCGGAGUUGGUGGUGACCAUGGCCCGCGUGGAGGCGGCCGAGCGGAUCCUGACGCCGAUGGAGGAACUGAAGCGGCAUGAUGAACAGCUAGAGGAGUCGUUGUCGGAGAAGCAGCGUUUGGUGUCACAGAUCUUGGGGAUUGAGGAGAAAACGGAAAAAGUCGAGGAGAAAGUGGACAGCGGUCAGGCGGAUGCGAAAACGCUCCUGCAUCGCGUACUAAAGCAUACAGAAUCCUUGACGAGAUUACUGAAGGAUUCCCUGAAGAUCGUGCAUGAGGAGGGUGCGGCGGGUGCGGUGGAAUGUCCCGGUGAAAUGUUGGAUUCCCCGACCGUGGAUUGCGGUAUUCAGACGAUCAGCACAAUCCCCGUGGUGACCACGGAAUCGCUGGAGCCGAUUCAGACCGGAUUGAAUCGGAAUCUGACGGCCUUGUUAGAUGUCAUAUGUCAGAAGGAGGAAGAAACGCACCGGUUACGACAGGAUCUGCAGGCGGCGUUAGAGGAGGUGCAGAAUUUACGGCUGCGCGUCCGCUCGCCCAGUGUCUCGCGGGCCGGCAGUUCCGUGUCGGCGCGGUCCGAAGAGGAUCUGCAGCGGCUGACGGCGGAGGACAGCAGUUCUCUGGAGAACGUCGAGGACGCUCAUGACGUCAGCAGCAUUCCCGUGGUGGUCCAGGAGGGAACGGAGAGGCAGCCGUCGCCGCUGCCGCCAGUGCCACCGCCCGAGGGUGGGGAAGGGGUGCAACCUAUCUAAUAGGGUGUAUUUUGUUUUUAGCUUUUGAUUCUUCCACUUUGAUUAUCUUUCCUGUUUAUUGCAAUAAAUCCAAUGAAGCGGUUUGCGUUGCUUUAUUGUGGCGGCUGUUUGAAAGGGACUAUGAUGAGGCGGGGUACACGGAUUUUUUAAAAAUGAGAUUUUCCUUUAUUUUCGUCGUAGACUUUUUACUUGGUUUCUUUGUACACAGUACCCGUUUGUCGUUUUAUCGUUGCUCGGUUUUAUGAUCAGUACCGUUUUGUGCCACUUGCUAUGGUUUUAUAUGAAUAAAGAA